AUGACGUAUAGCCGUAAUUUAUCUCUUUCAAAACGACUCAACUUUACCAUCGACGAUUUCUUUUCGAUAGACCUUGUUCAAAAUCCGGAGGAAGCAAAUAAACUAUCUCCUUUACUUACAACAAGGUUGGAUGUUAUCGAAGAAGCUCAAAGAAUACAUAAUAACAUAUUCAAGUCCUUGUUCGGCAGAUAUAAAUAUGCAAUGCUUUUUAAUUAUUCUCCGUCUGAAAAUAAAGGCGAUUCAGCUAUAGUUGUUGGAGAAGUUAUCCUCUUACGGAAACUAAAUAUAAAUGUCGUUUUUGCAUGUGAAACCCGUUGCACGAAACAGCAUUUAGACAAAGCGCAAGGUAUAAGCAGGAAUUAUACGGAUAACGAACUUAUAAUUCUUUUACAUGGUGGUGGGAAUGUUAUAGGUUUUCAACGUGCUGAUCACAUGCGUUCUGAUGUGAUUCCACGUUUUAUGCGAUUCAAUAUUAUCAUGUUUCCUCAAAGUAUUUUAUAUAUUAAACAACAGUCCCAUAUCAAUUUUUGCAAGAAAUUGUAUGCAAUGCACGAUAACUUAACAUUCAUAUGGAGAGAUAAAAACUCGUACCUACUUGGAAAAAAACUGUUCCCUAAAGUGCGUUCUUUGUUGUCGCCCGAUAUGGCUUACCAGAUUGGAUUUAUGCCUCGAUUCAUGCAACCAAUUUAUGAUAUACUUUGGAUCAAACGCGAGGACGCAGAAUCACCAGUAUAUGAAACACCUCAAGCCCCUAUAGGCUUACGUAUGCAUGUUUCUGAUUGGAUAAAUUGGAAAACCCCGAGAGGCCUUUCGCCGAUGGAGGAUACGUUUCUUAUGACAACAAACGGCAUGAUGUUUCUGCAACGUGGACGAAUAGUGAUCACAGAUCGCCUUCAUGGGCAUAUUUUAUCAACUCUCCUUGCCAUUCCACAUGUCUAUAUAGACAACAAACAGCGAAAAAUUUCUAACUACCACAACACGUGGACGGCUGGGUUGGAAAACGUAAUUUUGGCCAAUUCUAGCCUGGAUGCCGUCGCAAAAGCAAAGCAAUUGCUGAUAAAGCUGAAUAAAGAUUUGCCUGAAAUAAAAGGGUUCUAUACUAAUUCAAGUUCAUGA